AUGCGUGCUUCCUCUUCCGUCGCCGCAUCAAUCUUGGCACUGGCACAAAUUGGCGCCGGGUUGAGAAGUCUUUCAUUGGACCAAAGGUUAGACUUCCUCGACGCCGUCCAAUGUCUUCAGUCGAAACCAGCUAAGACAGAAACCCUCUUUGCCGGAGCCAAAUCACGUUACGAUGACUUCCAAGCCUUGCACAUUAUUCAGACUGAAGACGUGCACUUCUGUGGAUCUUUCUUUGCCUGGCAUAGAAACUUCCUGGCAUUGCUUGAGAAUGACCUUCACACCACUUGUGGUUACCCGGGUGGUAUCCCGUACUGGAACUGGACUAUGGAUGCAGCAGAUAUGCUGGCUUCACCACUAUUCGACCCUGUCUAUGGGUUUGGAGGCAACGGUAUCUGGAUAGAAAACACAACCACCUUCCCCUCUGACUGGCAAAUCCUAGCCGACAUACCUGGCCGAACUGGUGGUGGAUGCAUCACCGACGGCCCAUUUGCCAAUAGGACCGUCCCUCUGGGCCCCGGCAAUCAUACCGACUACCGACCACACUGCCUCCACCGAGACUUCAGCCCCUACUUGCUCACAUUUACGGGAAACAAGACAAAGCUGGACUGGGUUUUGGAAGCGGAAGAUUUCUGGAAUCUCGAUCACAGGACGGAAGGCAUCGCCCUUGGUGUUCCCAACAUGUCCCUCCAUGCCGCUGGUCAUCAAAGUCUUGGUGGCAAUAUUGGUGAGAUCACCAAUAUGUACUCCUCGCCGGGCGACCCCCUGUUCUACUUGCAUCACUCGAUGCUCGACAAUGUCUGGAAUACUUGGCAGCACUUAGACUGGGAAACCCGAAAGACGGACAUUGGUGGCCCUGAUACCAUGUGGGCGUACCCUUACAACUAUAACGGAGACAUCCCUUACAAGAACAUCACGCUCGACACUUUAAUCGCAUUCCCGCACGUGGCAGAGACGAUCCCCAUUAGAGACGUCAUGGACAUCCAGGGCGGUCACUUGUGCUAUACGUACGAUUGAUAACAUCAAUCACCUCUCGAUUAACUUCAUGUCCGCAGAACUGUAUAAGUUCUGCCAUACCUAUUACGGCCCGAAAUAAUUGCGCAUGAAGAACUG